GCAGUUUCCCUUCUUCGUGGAGGUUCCACCGCUUUCGGCUACGAUUUGUCAGGGCGAUAUCCUGUUGGAGUUUGUUGUUGAGGCCGGCGACAGGAGGUUUUGGGCGAGGUUGGAAGCCAGGAUCAAACAUGAACGAUUAUUUAUAUGUUAGAUUAAUAGCUCGAGCGGGGGUCGCAUGCACAACGCAUAUACUCCUGCCUUGAACCACGCGACGCAGCUCUCAUGGAAAACGUUCCCCAAGACAUAUGGGAAACUCUAAAGCAUCGUUGCGUCGAUAUUGGCCACUCAGAUGAAGCCGCCGAAGAUCUUGUCUGGCGUGACAUUCCAGUUUGGACGCACAGCCGCUCCCCUUUCAUGGAGUUACCUGUCGAGAUUCUCGACAAGAUAACUGACCCCGGUAAUGGUCUUUCGCUUUCGGACUAUCUCGCAAUAUCGGGGGUAUGUCGGGAGAUUAGGGGCCUGUUCACAGCGGAUGUUUGGGAAAAAUUACACCGCCUAUAUAUGGGAGUGCGCAUGCCAACACUCCUGAUCUUCGAGAAUCACUUAAAUCAUAUAAGACGGACAAACAUCACUUUUUUAAACACCAUCUGGAGUUCUGGCUGGCUUGCAAUUCGCAAUGGUGAGAUCCCAACUUUCAAUUGUGGUGAUACAUCGUACAAGUCCGAGGUGCUUCGCAUGCUCGAUUUCUGGGGCCCAACUUGUCAACAAAUUGAUUUGUUGAGUGCGGUGGAUCGAUAUGGCCUGACUCCACUCGAGGGAAAAAUCCUGUUGUGUGAUCCUCGUAAACGUCUGAUCCAUGACUCUGCAGGAGACUGGGAUGGUUGGGCCAUACGUCUCCCCCCUAACUACACGCUCCCAGAGGCAAAAGUCCGCCGACUGGCCUAUAUGGCUCAUGGAGGACCACGCGGACAUGCGGAACACAUGAGGAAAAUCUAUCAGCACCGGCGCUACAGUACCAGAAAUCUAUAGAUCACGCAGAUGGGUUCGAUUCCGAUUCCUGGGAAGAAUAUGAAUGCUAACCAUGAUAUGGAAGUUAAUUCGCCUGUAUUCCAACAGAGGUUGCCAUUCUCAGUACCCCAAGCCACUCCAACCCCCUGUAAUACACGUCCUUCCCUUAUGUAUCAUUUCGAGGCUCGCCAUUAAUAUGUCGUAUGAGCCAGCUGUCAUUGUCAGUUGGAUGACGAACUCGGAAUACAAUAAGGUACCCUUAGCGCGCUACCAGUCGAUGUCUUCCACUACUGUGACCUAUAUACUUAUCCCAACUGUGCAUCUCACACCUCUAGGCAGGGACCCCUUUCUUGUGCAAUACUUUUUUCUUAGAUCUCCCUCCAUUCGGAGCUGUGUUGGAUGCGAAAGAACAGGCAUUUUCUGGGGAUUUGGCUGGCAGCGAAGAAGCGCCUGUGUUUCAGGAAUGAAUUGUUUCCGAGUUGGUA